CUCCUCAAAAACAGCCUGCAAGAAAAACGACCCUUAUAUAUAAAAUAAAAAUUAGCAAACAUCCAGCACCAAAAAUCUUGUUAAUCGUUCUUAAUUUUCUUAAAUAAUUAAUUUUCUUCCAUAUAACCCUUAAUCAUGUUUAUUUAUCCUAAUCAUGCUUAUUUAUCCUAAAUUGAACACCCACCUUGACAACCUUUUCCAAAUUGCUCUUCUUUGCCAACAAAACCAAAAAAAUUGUAUCUUUAUCAUAGUUUUAGUGUUUUUAAUCCCUCAAAUUCCCCCUCUCUUUUUUUGCUUGUUUUGGAUUUUCCAUUUUUAUGGUCUUCCUCAUAAAACAAAUACAACCAUCAAAAGUUUAUAUAAUUUUUUUUUUGAAAUUUAUUUCUCCCCUUUUGUAUUUCCCUACACUGAAUUUAAAAUCAUAUUUGUUCCCCUUCCUUUGGGGGGGAGGGGGGACAAGUUCAUCUGUACAAUUAUAUUGGGUCAAUUUACUAAAUUAUUUGAUCUUGAUAUUCAUUUUAAUUUCUGGGUUUCUUAAAAAUCUGAUUUCGAAUUUCUUUGUGAUUAAAAAACAAUUUUUUUUGGUAAAUCAUGAGGUGUUUUUCAUGCAUUAACACACGCAGAAAGAAUGCUGAAGAUGAGAGGCUAUUUAAUCCUGAUUCUCCUUCUUAUUCUGAAUCCCUAGAUGCUGGGAAGAAAAAGUCUUCUUUUGGUUUUUCAGAAUAUGACAGAAGAACUGUGUCAAUGGAUGAUAACCACAAAGUGGUUGCAAGAAUAGAUGCCAAUUCAGCACAUAGCUUCACUUUUCGGGAACUUGCAAUCGCGACAAGGAACUUUAGGGAUUCUCAUUUGAUUGGAGAAGGUGGCUUUGGGAAGGUUUAUAAGGGUCGUCUUGAAAAUGGGCAGAUUGUUGCUACUAAAAAGCUAAAUUUGGACAGCCUACAAGGCAACCAAGAAUUCAUUGUGGAAGUUUUGAUGUUAAGCUUGUUACAUCAUUCAAACCUCGUCACUCUUAUUGGCUAUUGUGCUGAAGGCGAUCAAAGACUAUUGGUUUAUGAGUACAUGCCCAAAGGCAGCUUGGCUGACUAUCUAUUUGGUAAUGAGAAUGACAAGGAUGUCCUGAAUUGGGAAACGCGCAUAAAAAUUGCUGCGGGUGCUGCACGUGGACUCCAACAUCUACAUUGCGUAGCUAAACCACCUGUAAUUUACCGUGAUCUUAAGUCAGCAAACAUCUUGUUGGAUGAUGAAUUUAAGCCAAAGCUGUCGGAUUUUGGAUUAGCAAAGUUAGGUCCUGUGGGCGAUAAAACUCAUGUGUCAACAAGGGUGAUGGGAACGUAUGGAUAUUGUGCUCCGGAAUAUGCUUUGAGUGGAAAGCUAACCCUUAAAUCUGAUAUUUUCAGUUUUGGGGUAGUCUUAUUGGAAAUUGUUACAGGACGGAAGGCAUUUGACAUCACAAAGAAGCAAGGCCAGCAGAGUCUAGCUGUUUGGUCUCGGCCCUUCUUGAAAGAUCGUAGAAAGUUCAUUGAGUUGGUGGAUCCUCGGCUGAAGGGGAAUUUCCCUAAUCGCUCUGCCCGUCACUUGAUAUCUGUUGCCGCCAUGUGUUUGAACGAAGAACCAAGCAACCGACCCCUAAUAACAGACAUUGUGGUGGCACUCGACUACUUGGCCAUCGAAAGCCAAACAGAAAGUUCAUCAUCAACUGCCCAAAGCACCCCUACGCUUUCCAGUCCCACACUGACACAUCAGCAGGAUUAUCCUUUGGCUUCAAAGUAGUACUUCCCGGAGGUAAACUCUGGGAAACUUGUAAAGUGAAAUGGAGGAGAAUCACCAAUAGAAAUUGACUGAGAUGAAUGAUUUAUGCAUUGUAAAUGUAUAUUUAUGUUCAUCUCUAAGUUCCUUUGUAGCAAAAAAUUAAAACAAAAGAACAUGGAGGAGCAAUUUUUUCAUGUAUAAGAUUGAAAUAGUGAUUUAUAAAUACAGUUUGGCAGUUUAAUUUCA